AUGUUUCCUAGUGAAUGCUCCUCCAGUGGCAGCUUUUCCGACACAAUGGAUGCCGUUUGGACCCAAAACUACCCAUAAAGUGCCCCUGUCUCUAGGUCACUCUGAACAGACACACAAAGCACCGAAUCUUCUGGGCAUUAUAGACAGUCAGCAGAGUAAUGAGUCUUCUUGUGCAGUGAGAGCUGAAUAUGAGCGUAUUAUGCAGAAGAACAGAAAGGGGGAAUUAAGUCAUGACCGGGGACUAAAAGCCAGUGCCACACUGUUUAAGGGGCACACAAGGGAACAGGCUUCUUUCACACUUCCCACACAGUUAAAAAUCAAUAAAGAAGAAAAGUUCCCCAGCACUGGAUUCAGACAGCGAUGAUUCUGUUGACAGAGACAUUGAAGAAGCUAUACAGGAAUAUCUAAAAAACAAAAGCACUGCAGAUGCUUCCUCUACCACUGUUGCUACAAAGAACUCAGGCCUCAGUGAUAAUAGUUCCGACCAGCUAAAAACAGCUUCUAGUAAUGCACCUGCACGCAAAUCGCCUGUUAAAAUGGUCGCUUCAACUACCACCUGCAAUGCUUUUUCACCUCUGGACCGUUCUUCUUGCUCUUCUCCAGAAAGUGUGGGCAGUGAUGAUUCCUUUGAGCAAAGCAUCAAGGAUGAAAUUGAGCAGUUUCUGAAUCAGAAGAAGUUGCAGAAUACUGCGAGUGACACUAGCACUGCCAAGAAGGCUGUCCAGAGCAACUUAACUGCUAAACCAAAGCAAAAGCCAUUUAAGGCUCCUGAGAAACAAGGCCCUAAGCAGGGAAUCAAGGGGCUUCCUGACAAGCUGCCUUUUGAGAGCAUUAAUCUGCAGUCUAAAAGUUCCAAGCAGAAAGUUGACCAUUUUAAAACCAGCAUCUAUCAUAAACCUUUGUCUAGCUCAGUUAAGCUAAGGGAACAGAAAAAUGAAGCUGCCUCAAGGCAAUGUGAGGAAUUGUCAGACUCCAGUAGUGAUGACGGCAUAGAGGAAGCAAUUCAACUCUACCAGUUAGAAAAGAGCAGGCUAGAAGGAAAUCUUAUUAUGGGUCAGAAAUGCUCUUUAGAGAAGGAGGCAAAAAGCACUGCUACGUAUUCUGGAACUUUCUCUCACUGCCAAGAUAAAAACUCCUCUCCAGAACCACAUACAAACACUGACUACAAAAAAAGAAAACUCCCUUUUAGCGGUCAUACAGCAUCUCAAGACACCUCAAUCUGUCAUCCCCCAACUACUAAAAGGACAUUUUCUUAUGGAGAUGAUACUAACUCAAAAUGUGAAGUUGCAGUACAAACAACACGCAGAGCUGAGACAGCAGCCGAGUUAAUGUGUGCUGAAGCAAUACUUGACAUUUCUAAAGCAAUUUUGCCUUCUCAGCCAGAAACAACUUUUGUGAUUUCUCAAGAAAGACUACUCACUCAACCAAAAUCCCCUUGCCCUAGUGACAGCUCAGUUGACAGCGAUGACAGCAUUGAGCAGGAGAUAAGAACAUUUCUCGCCCGUAAAGCGCAAGCAGAGAGCAUUGGCGCAUCUCCUGUCAAACAGUCCUCUCCAAAUCCGCAAAGACUUGAUCAACGGAAGCAGCAGUCCAUUUCCAACAAUAAAACCUUGUCUCAAAAGGGGAAAUUAACAGAGAGCAAAGCUGUACAGAAGGACUUGGUGGGGAAGGGUGAAAAGAGGAAUGUAGAUGUUAUCGGUAUAGCAAGUACAGUGUCUUUUUCUCCAGAAAUCUUGCAGACUAGAAAUACAGAUGUUGGCAUGAAGGAGCACUCCAAGGCAUCUUAUAAACCGGAAGAAGCCAAGCACAUUGUUCAGGAGGCAACAGAAAGUCUUGUGUCUCUUCCUAGAAUAACUGGAGGAAAAAGGAAGAUCUACACUAAAAUGAGGAGUAACUGUAGUGUUGAUACAAGCAGUUCUUUGGACAGUGAUGAGGAUUUAGAUUCCGCUAUAAAGGAUCUCCUCCGAUCCAAAAGAAAAUGUAAAAAAAGACCAAAGGAUGGGAGGCCACUGUAUAAGAAAAGGGUCAGGUUUGGGGAAACCACUACCAGGACCCUAGAAUCACUUGGCAGUAGUAGUGAUUUAAAGGAUUGCUUGCUCAAACCUGCUGUUAAAAGUUGCCUUGUAAAUUCCAGCAACUCCCAAGAGAAUGCUUUAAAGCCUAGUUUCAACAUGAAUGAGGAUAACAGGAGCAUUGCAAGCAAUUUAGACUUGUCACCAAAUAAACCUGAGUGCAAACCGGCUAGUGACCCAGACAAGCCUUUGAGUAGUGCCUUGCCUGAAGCACAAGACAGUAGUUCUGUGGACAGUGAUGAUAGCAUUGAGCAAGAGAUAAGGAAAUUUUUGGCGGAACGUGCCCGGGAGUCUGCAGAACUUUGCGCAGCACAAAAGGCACCUCAUGCUGUCACAGCUUAAGUGUUGUCACACAGACUGACUCUCCAGCCAGUCUAAGCAAUCCUCCACCAAUAAAACAAGAACCCAGGGUUUUGUCCAGUUCAGAAACAGAGACCAUACUUCAAAAAGUCAUGGAAAAGGACCGUUCAAAUGCACCCGUUCCCCAGCCAGCGUUAAUACAGCGCGUGCAGGACUAUAAAGAUGUUGUACCACAGGUCAGGCUGAUACAACGACCAGCUGCAGAAGUUCCCAAGAUAUCUGCUCCUGUACAUAGUGUCAUUGUAAAGAGAGAAUGUUUUCUAGAGAAAAACAGAGUGAUGAGACCAGCUGAGAAGGUCCUUCAAGCCACUCCUGAAAGAGUUAUUGUAAAAACUGGAGUCAACGGAUCACAAGGCAGUUCUCCUGUUUCCGGAAACUUUGUUGCUGGCCUUAAGUACAUUUCAGGGACAGACCAGCAACUCCUCCUAAACAUGGGAAAAGCCAGCUCUACAAGGAUGGCAACAGAACUCUACAGUCCUGGGGGAAAUAUCACUAGACUAGGAACCUGUCAGCCAGUCCAGAAAAAGACAUUGAUUUUGGAACAGCCUAAAAUUGUCCAAGCACCUACCUUCUCUCUCAAUACCCCUGUGGUUCGCCCUGCAUUGUAUGUUGUGACUAAGGUGGUCAAGGAUGCUCCUACUGCACUAUGCCUGCCGAUAAACACAGCUGCCUACGAUGCUGGACUUAAUCUAAUGAGUAUACAGUACUGUCAAGGUCAGGUAGCUGCUCAUACCCCUGUGUGUACUGCACCUUUCCCCUUUCAGCAAAAUAGAGGCAGUGAGAUUGUGGUGAAUAUUCCAGGCACACCAGGAGAGGGCAUUGCCUCUUGGUACCAAAGCGAAAGAGAGUCAGUCAGUGACAGAAAUAGCCAGCAGAUCUUUUUUUAAAGAAAAAUCGGCAGAGGAUGUAGGGGCAGGCUCUGAUGUCAGUUUGUACAGCAGUGGAAGCUCAGCUAAGAAAGAGAACAUGUAA